UUAUCAGGAAUGGGAAAUAUUACUUAUCUCAAUCGAGCAUAAGUAUAUUCCAUCCAUAUGUGCUGUCGGCCCAUGGUGAUUCCUUAGAUAUACCCAGGAGUAGAUGAGUUCUGAUUAAUUGCUUUAUUAGACAAAUAGCCUAUUUGUAGAAUUGACUGUGUCUUCGAGAGGGCCAAGAUGAGGUCCUACAUUGACAACACUAUCAUUUGUAUUUUGACAAGAAAGCUCACCUGGGAAACUUCAACUCUAAUUGUCAUUGUGACACAGCACUCCACAGCACACAAUUGCAUACUGCACACAACAAAAUUGCAUUAAUGCCUCACCCGUGCAAGGGGGCAGACCGCAAUGGCGCCCCAAGGGAGCAGUGUGGCAGGAUGGUAUCAUGUUCAGGGUACCGCAAUCAUGGAUGGGGGAGAGCACUGGUUAAUUACUCCCCACCACUACAAACCUGGCCGGUCAGGAGUCGAACUGGCAACCUUUGGGCUACAAGUCUGACAACCGCUUACCCAUGACACUCUAACCACUUAUAGAUGUCAUAAUUUACUAUAUUGUCUACCCAUUAAAUUGGGUGUAUAAGUAUGAAUAUAAAAGAAUAGGUCAGAUUUAAAACAUUGAGAAACAUUAAAGCAAUACUAUCCUGAGAGCUGCUUGGCAAAUCUUGUUAGAAUUAUUUGUGUCUGGUCAGUUGGAGGAUCCCCGCUAGGUGGCGACAAAGGAAUUUCUGUAAGCCUACCUCUUGCCCUUUCACCUCUGCUUUCGACCGUGACGUCACCAGCUCUUGUGGAAACAACGUGGGUAACGCAAAGGAAAAUACAGUAGACUUUUUGGACUGCAAACUAGCUAAUGUUUGAAUAUUUCUCCGUUCUGAUUACAUAAGUAAUCAGAUUGACCAUGGGGAAACCACAAAAGAGGAACAUUGCGGAUAAAGUCCGCAAAUUCAAGACAUCAAAGGAGAUCAAGAACAAUCCAUUCGAAGUGAAAAUCAAUAGAAAAAAGUUUGACAUCCUUGGAAGGAAGACCAAGCACGAUGUUGGACUGCCUGGCGUAUCGAGAUCCAAGGCGAUCAACAAACGUAAAAAUACACUAUUGAAGGAGUAUAAACAGAAAGACAAGGCUAAUAAGUUUAUUGACAGACGAUUUGGUGAAUAUGACACCAAGAUGGCACCGGAGGAAAAAAUUCUGCAGAGAUUUUCUAUGGAAAGACAGCGGACCUUGGAUAAGAAGGACCUCUAUAACCUAAAUGAGGAUGAGGAGCUGACCCAUUAUGGCCAGUCUCUGGCUGAGAUGGAAAAGUUUAACGACCUGGUCGAGAGUGACAGUGAUUCAGAAGAGAAGGGGCUCUUGUCUGCGGAGUUGACGGCGUCGCAUUUCGGAGGAGGCGGUGGUCUUCUGAGGAAGAAGGCCCCGGGAGAGAAAGAGGAGGACGGACCACAGAGAGCCAAAUCACGACAGGAACUCAUUGAGGAACUCAUCAUCAAGUCCAAACAGGAGAAGAGAGAGCGGCAGACUCAGAAGGAAGAGUCCCAGGUCCUGACCCAGAAGCUGGAUGAGGACUGGAAGUCCAUCCAGGGCCUGCUGUCGCAUAAAGGCUCAAGGGCCAGCAAGGAGGAGGCAGAGAAGCCCAAGCUGGAUGAAUAUGACAUGAUGGUGCGUGAGCUGGGCUUUGAGAUGAAGGCGCAGCCUUCGGAGAAGCUGAAGAGCGAGGAGGAGCUGGCUCGGGAGGAGAGAGAGAGGCUGCAGAAACUGGAGGCAGACCGAUUGAGUCGGAUGAAAGGAGAGGCGCCCGAGAAGUCCAAGAAGAAGGUUGUCCACUUUUCUGCUGAUGACCUCAAUGACGGAUUCAUUUUGGACAAGGAGGAUAGGAAGAUGCUGGCUUAUCAGGAUGGAAAGUGGAAUAUGGAUGAGGAGGAGGAGGAGAAGGGGGAUGGUGAGGAAGAAGAGGGUGAGAAAGGAGAAGAUGAAGAGCUGGGUGAAGAAGAAGAAGAAGGAGAUGAUGAUGAGGAUGAUGAUGAGGAAGACGACAGUGAGGAUGAUGAAGAAGAUGCUCACUCGGACAUAGACUCGGAGCAAGGCAGUGAAGAAGAGGAAGAGGAAGGUGAUGAUAAUGAUGAGGAGGAGGAUAAUGAAGAGCAAGCAUUGGUGGAGACGGAGAGCGCGCCAAAGCAGCUGAGUGAGGAGGAGAGGAAGGCUCAGCAGGAGGCAGCGAAGGCAGAGCUGCCCUACACCUUCAAAGCCCCAGAGAGUGUGGAGGAGCUGAAGAGCAUGCUGCAGGGAUACUCCCCAGAGAAACAGCGCCUCAUACUGGACAGGACGCUCAAGUGCAACCACCCCAGUUUAGGAGUGGGCAACAAGCUAAAGCUACAGAAAAUGUUUGGUUUCCUGCUGGAGUACAUGGGGGAGUUGGCCUGCAGUAAACCACCAGAGCUGAACACUGUUAACGUCCUCAUCCCGCAACUCCACGGCCUCUGUCAGCUCUUUCCUGGUGAGGCCUGCAAGAUCAUGCAGACGUUGCUUAGCGACAGUGUGCAUAGUAUUGAAGAAACGACGGAGGGCACGGGGCGGGCUGCUUUCCCAGAACUAGACACGGUGCUCUAUCUGAAGAUCACAGCUCUGCUGUUCCCCACUUCAGAUUUUCGACAUCCGGUCACGACACCAGCCUUCCUCUGCAUCAGCCAGGCCCUAACCAAGUGUCCAGUGGGGUCCCUGCAGGACGUGGCGUGUGGCCUGGUGCUCUGCUGCUUGGCUGUAGAGUACAUCGCCCUCUCCCAGCGCUUCCUCCCCGAGGUCAUCAACUUCCUGCUCGGAGUGCUGCACCUCGCUGUGGCCAACAAGGAAGCACUCGGCUACUCGGUGGUGGCACCUUUCAAGCAGGUGGGCAGGAGCAGUGACCUGCUGGUACUGAGUUCCCCCAGGGAAGCCACGGAGGGCUGGAGCAGGAAGCCUCUGCCCCUCUCGGCAGCCCAAGGGCUCCAACUAACCACCGACCUGGAGAAAGACCACCACAGAUUGUCUUUGCUGGACACCUGCUUGGACCUUGUGAAGAGGUUCGCCAUGUUGUACAAGGACACGCCUUCCUUCUUCCACAUCUUUCGGCCAAUCAGAAUGGCCUUACAGCAGCUUCCUCUGCAGAGCUUCCCCUCCGCGUUACAGGAACGUCAUACAGAGGUCCUGGAGCUUUUACCAGAAACGCCUGCCCAGCAACCUCCACUUGUCUUUGACAAGAAAAAGCCCAUUCCUCUCAAAAUGCUUACCCCCAAGAUCGUAGAAGUGCUGGACUACGGCAAGAAGCGAGGCAACACCAAGGAGCAGCGGGAGCAGGAGCGCCUGAAGCACAAGUACAAGAAGGAGUUCAAGGGAGCCCUGCGGGAGAUCAGGAAGGACUCGCGCUUCCUCGCCCAGGAGAAGCUCUCCGACAUCAUGAAGAGGGAUUCAGAGAGGAAGAGGAAGGUGAAGGAGCUGAUGGGCAGCUUGUCUACUCAGGAGGGAGAGUGGAAAGCCAUGAAGAAGAUGAAGAAGAAAUGAGCAAUAACAUCUGGAACAACCUGAACUUUUAUGUUCCUUCUUCUCUUUCACACCCACACACACACUCUCAACGCCACUUACUGUACAAGGAGCACAGUGGAUCGCAGUGCACUGCCAUAACACUGGUCUGUCCCUAUGGAACUCGGCGCCUCCAUGUCAUGUUGUCAUGGAGAUGGAUUGCUGACUUGGCGAAAAUCUUUUUAGACACACACAGCUGUGUGACCGGACUUGAAUUUUUUUUGUUUUAUUUUUUUUUUUCAGUUUUUAUGGCAUAAUUGGACACCUGAGAAGGGAUGCGUGUGGGGGAUGCUGACUUUUCAUAUAUGUGUAUGUGUUGUGAAUAAUACAAUUUUGAACUACAAAUGUAUUAAAUCUAUUACUUCUGUUGUAAAACAAAACAGAGUAGCAUAUUCUGACAUUGUCUUUCUGAAAAAUACCCAGUGCAAAGCAGAAGCACAACUGAAAAUCCAUCUGAAGAUUAUGGUUCAUUCUCUAGCAGACUGUAACAGACUAUAUCUCUUUUUUUAUUAAAACAAUUUAAAUUCCCAUGUAAAUGGCCUGCCUGUGCAGAAUUUUCUACUGUAAUGCUUCACAUUUACUGGGGUUCAUCUAGCGGAAUGUCAUUUUGACGUUGUCAAUAGGAAUUGGAAUCCAAUGUUUCAGAUGUAGCGCAUGCCUUCAAUGAGCUAUCCAAGAAUGCAAAAUGUCUUCUGAAUGUCUUCAAAUAAACCACACAUUUGCACAUUGUAGGUGCUACGUGU